UUUGAGGUGAUCAACAAAGAGAAAGCCAACAUUAAAGAUCUGACCCUUCAUCUUCAGACAGAAAAAGACAAACUUGACAAUAUCAUGACGAUGAUUGUUUUAAAACAAGAAGAACAAAAACUCAAGGAGGACCAGCUCAGUAGACAAACACAACAACUGGAAAUCAAAAAGACCAGUCUACUGGAAGAAAGAGAAGAACUGGAUCUUUCAAGGAAGGAUCUCAACAAAAAGAAGGAAGAGGUUGAAACAGCCAUGAACACCAUCAAUGACGAGAGAGAGAUAAUCAAUCAGAUGCAGAGUACUACUGACAUGGAAAGAGCAAUGCUCAAGAAUGAAAAGGACGGACUGGAAAGAAGAAUAUCGGAAAUGAAAACACGAGAGGAUCAACUAUUGAAUAAGAUGAGAUCAAUGGGAAUUCUGUGGGAAAAACUUCAACAGCUGAAUGAACGGCUGAGAGAAGAAAUGAAAAACAAAAUGAUCAGACUGGAACAGAACAAGGAAGACAGAUUGAAACUGUUGAGUCUUUUGGAGCAAAAGCAUGAUGUUCUGGGUAAACAGAAAGAACAUAUCUCAUGUUACACUGAGACGUUAGAGGGGGAAAGAGAAGGGUUGAAGAUCAUGAUGUCAGAAAGUGUCACUCACAGAAAGGAAAUGGAAAUCAACUGAAACAAGAGGCCUUGUUCGAAAGGAGACAUCUUCUGGAACUGAAGGCAGAGUUGAAGAAAGAAAGAGAGGGCCUGGACAGAGAGAGUGAGAUGAUGAACAAAGAGAAGCUGGAUUUGGAGCUGAUGAGGUCAGACAUCCUGAAACAAAGUGACACUUUGGAACAACAAAGACAAGAUAUAAAGGAAGAAAGAGAGAAGUUAGAAAUCACAAUGUCCGAUCUUCAAGUGUUGAAAGAACAUGCAGAAAUUCAGUUUGAGGUGAUCAACAAAGAGAAAGCCAACAUUAAAGAUAUGACCCUUCAUCUUCAGACAGAAAAAGACAAACUUGACAAUAUCAUGACGAUGAUUGUUUUAAAACAAGAAGAACAAAAACUCAAGGAGGACCAGCUCAGUAGACAAACACAACAACUGGAAAUCAAAAAGACCAGUCUACUGGAAGAAAGAGAAGAACUGGAUCUUUCAAGGAAGGAUCUCAACAAAAAGAAGGAAGAGGUUGAAACAGUCAUGAACACCAUCAAUGACGAGAGAGAGAAAAUCAAUCAGAUGCAGAGUACUACUGACAUGGAAAGAGCAAUGCUCAAGAAUGAAAAGGACGGACUGGAAAGAAGAAUAUCGGAAAUGAAAACACGAGAGGAUCAACUAUUGAAUAAGAUGAGAUCAAUGGGAAUUCUGUGGGAAAAACUUCAAGAGCUGAAUGAACGGCUGAGAGAAGAAAUAAAAAACAAAAUGAUCAGACUGGAACAGAACAAGGAAGACAGAUUGAAACUGUUGAGUCUUUUGGAGCAAAAGCAUGAUGUUCUGGGUAAACAGAAAGAACAUAUCUCAUGUUACACUGAGACGUUAGAGAGGGAAAGAGAAGGGUUGAAGAUCAUGAUGUCAGAAAGUGUCACUAUAAGACAGGAAAUGGGAAAUCAACUGAAACAAGGGGCCUUUUUGGAAACGAUACAUCUUCUGGAACUGAAGGCAGAGUUGAAGACUGAAAGAGAGGGCCUGGGCAGAGAGAGUGAGGUGAUGAAAGAAGAGAAGCUGGACUUGGAGAUAAUGAGUUCAGAAAUCCUGACACAAAGUGACACUUUGGAACAACAGAAACAAGAUAUGAAAGAAAAAAGAAACAAGUUGGAAAUCACAAAGUUUGAUCUUCAAGUGUUGAAAGAACAUGCAGACAUUCAAUUUGAGGUGAUCAACAAAGAGAAAGCCAACAUUAAAAAUCUGACCCCUUAUCUUCAGACAGAAAAAGACAAACUUGACAAUAUCAUGAGCAUGAUUGUUUUAAAACAAGAAGAACAAAAACUCAAGGAGGACCAGCUCAGUAGACAAACACAACAACUGGAAACCAGAAAGACCAGUCUACUGGAAGAAAGAGAAGAACUGGAUAUUUCGAGGAAGGAUCUCAACAAAAAGCAGGAAGAGGUUGAAACAGCCAUGAAAACCAUCAAUGACGAGAGAGAGAUAAUCAAUCAGAUGCAGAGUACUACUGACAUGGAAAGAGCAAUGUUCAAGAAUGAAAAGGACGGACUGGAAAGAAGAAUAUCGGAAAUGAAAACAAGAGAAGAUCAACUAUUGAAUAAGAUGAGAUCAAUGGGAAUUCUGAGGGAAAAACUUCAACAGCUGAAUGAACGGAUGAGAGAAGAAAUGAAAAACAAAAUGAUCAGACUGGAACAGAACAAGGAAGACGUCUUGAAACUGCCGAGUGUUUUGGAACAAAAGCAUGAUGUUCUGGGUAAACAGAAAAAACAUAUGUCAUGUUACAUUGAGACGUUAGAGAGGGAAAGAGAAAGGUUGAAGGUCAUGAUGUCAGAAAGUGUCACUCAAAGACAGGAAAUGGGAAAUCAACUGAAACAAGAGGCCUUCUUGGAAACGAGACAUCUUCUGGAACUGAAGGCAGAGCUGAAGAAAGAAAGAGAGGGCCUGGACAGAGAGAGUGAGGUGAUGAAAGAAGAGAAGCUGGACUUGGAGCUAAUGAGGUCAGACAUCCUGACACAAAGGGAAAUUUUGGAACAACAGAGACAAGAUAUAAAGAAGAAAGAGAGAAGUUAGAAAUCACAAAGUUCGAUCUUCAAGUGUUGAAAGAACAUGCAGACAUUCAGUUUGAGGUGAUCAACAAAGAGAAAGCCAACAUUAAAGAUCUGACCCUUCGUUUUCAGACAGAAAAAGACAAACUUGACAAUAUCAUGAGCAUGAUUGUUUUAAAACAAGAGGAACAAAAACUCAAGGAGGACCAGCUCAGUAGACAAACACAACAACUGGAAACCAGAAUGACCAGUCUACUGGAAGAAAGAGAAGAACUGGAUCUUUCGAGGAAGGAUCUCAACAAAAACAAGGAAGGGGUUGAAACAGCCAUAAAAACCAUCAAUGACGAGAGAGAGAUAAUCAAUCAGAUGCAGAGUACUACUGACAUGGAAAGAGCAAUGCUCAAGAAUGAAAAGGACGGACUGGAAAGAAGAAUAUCGGAAAUGAAAACAAGAGAGGAUCAACUAUUGAAUAAGAUGAGAUCAAUGGGAAUUCUGAGGGAAAAACUUCAACAGCUGAAUGAACGGAUGAGAGAAGAAAUGAAAAACAAAAUGAUCAGACUGGAACAGAACAAGGAAGACGUAUUGAAACUGUUGAGUCUUUUGGAGCAAAAGCAUGUCGUUCUGGGUAAACAGAAAGAACAUAUGUCAUGUUACACUGAGACGUUAGAGGGGGAAAAAGAAGGGUUGAAGGUCAUGAUGUCAGAAAGUGUCACUCAAAGACAGGAAAUGGGAAAUCAACUGAAACAAGAGGCCUUUUUGGAAAGGAGACAUCUUCUGGAACUGAAGGCAGAGUUGAAGAAAGAAAGAGAGGGCCUGGACAGAGAGAGUGAGAUGAUGAACAAAGAGAAGCUGGACUUGGAUCUAACUAGGUCAGACAUCCUGACACAAAGUGACACUUUGGAACAACAAAGACAAGAUAUAAAGGAAGAAAGAGAGAAGUUAGAAAUCACAAAGUCCGAUCUUCAAGUGUUGAAAGAACAUGCAGACAUUCAGUUUGAGGUGGUCAACACAGAGGAAGCCAACAUUAAAGAUCUGACCCUUCAUCUUCAGACAGAAAAAGACAAACUUGACAAUAUCAUGAGCAUGAUUGUUUUAAAACAAGAAGAACAAAAACUCAAGGAGGACCAGCUCAGUAGACAAACACAACAACUGGAAACCAGAAAGACCAGUCUACUGGAAGAAAGAGAAGAACUGGAUCUUUCGAGGAAGGAUCUCAACAAAAAGAAGGAAGAGGUUGAAACAGCCAUGAAAACCAUCAAUGACGAGAGAAAGAUAAUCAAUCAGAUGCAGAGUACUACUAACAUGGAAAGAGCAAUGCUCAAGAAUGAAAAGGACGGACUUGAAAGAAGAAUAUCCGAAAUGAAAACAAGAGAAGAUCAGCUAUUGAAUAAGAUGAGAUCAAUGGGAAUUCUGAGGGGAAAACUUCAACAGCUGAAUGAACGGAUGAGAGAAGAAAUGAAAAACAAAAUGAUCAGACUGGAACAGAACAAGGAAGACAGAUUGAAACUGUUGAGUCUUUUGGAUCAAAAGCAUGAUGUUCUGGAUAAACAGAAAGAACAUAUGUCAUGUUACGCUGAGACGUUAGAGGGGGAAAGAGAAGGGUUGAAGAUCAUGAUGUCAGAAAGUGUCACUCAAAGAAAGGAAAUGGGAAAUCAACAGAAACAAGAGGCCUUUUUGGAAACGAGACAUCUUCUGGAACUGAGGGCAGAGUUGAAGAAAGAAAGAGAGGGCCUGGACAGAGAGAGUGAGAUGAUGAACAAGGAGAAGCUGGACUUGGAGCUGAUGACGUCAGGCAUCCUGAAACAAAGUGACACUUUGGAACAACAAACACAAGAUAUGAAAGAAGAAAGAGAGAAGUUAGAAAUCACAAAGUCUGAUCUUCAAGUGUUGAAAGAACAUGCAGACAUUCAGUUUGAGGUGAUCCACAGACAGAAAGCCAACAUUAAAGAUCUGACCCUUCAUCUUCAGAAAGAAAAAGACAAACUUGACAAUAACAUGAGCAUGAUUGUUUUAAAACAAGAAGAACAAACACUCAAGGAGGACCAGCAAGUGUUGAAAGAAAAAUUAAAUAAAAACGACACUAUGACAGUGAAGUUUGACAAGGCUGUACAAGCAGAGGUGUUAUGGCAAACAUGGCAUGAAGAGCCAUAUGUUGAGAAAGACUGUUUGUAUACACAUGAAGACUUUAAAUGUAUGGUUGUAAUGCAGCCAGAUCUCACAAUCCAGACUGAAGAGAAUUCUCAGCAGAAGUUCAAAGGAGAUAAACAUGAUCUUAAAAUAAAAAAUAAACACUUGAAAACAGAUAUCGAAGGUUUACUGAUGGUAAAGGAAGAUGAAGAAGUCCAAAAUAAACAACUAUCAGCUUUAGAACAAGAUCAUUUGACAGACAAGAAAAUGUCUAAAAGGGAUUGUUUGCGAACAAUCUGGAAAGACACUAAAAUGGAACGAAAGGAGAUUUAUCAACUGAAAAGCAUGAGCCAUGAAAUGAGAAAUAACUUAGAGAAAAGACUAAAGGUGAUCAACCAGUUUGUGAGGAGACCAUGGUUACAAGAAAAGGAAUCAUUGGAGAAAAAGCUCAAUCUAGAGUUAGGUAAGGACCUGACAUCCCAAAGUGACUGGAAGAUAGACCGAACAAUGCUUGAUUUAAGACAAACACAGGUCCAACAACUUAAAGCUCAAAAGCUCAGUGAGAUUGUAAAACUCUCUGACAAAGAAAAAGUGUUGAAGACAAUCACAACUUCCAACAAAGAUCAAACAUUUAAGGUCAAUAUAACCACAGAGGAUGGACAGGUAACAAAAGGACAAGCUUCUGCCAAAUUACAUGAAGAACAGACAAAUGUAAGAGAGAAGAAUUCAGCUCCAGAGACUUCCGUUGGACUCCUCUGUCAGCUGCAGCAUUACUACCGAUGCUGCUGCCCCUGCUGUGCCUGCUGCAAGGAAGUUUGUCAGGAUUAACAUUGAGAGACACGUCAGUGUUUCUGUCAUGUUGACUUAAAUGUAGAUAGCAUGAUAUAUUAUUUUUACUUUUCUUACUUUUGCCGUAAUACAAAGAUAAAUCCUGAAUAUUUGUCACAUUGACUGCCAGCAAUUGUGGUCUAGCAAUCCAGGUAGAGAAGAUGCAUGUGUAUUGAAAAUACUUUUCCUUAAAUUGGCUUUUGCACGAUGUUUGUUAGCAUAUUCAAAAAUCUAUAUUUUUUUGAGAACAAAGUAAGAUUUAAUAGUGUUUGAUUAUAGAGUGAAUCUAUAUUUCAGUUCAUAUUGUGAUAUUAAAUUGAAUGCAUUAAACUUCAUUAUUAAUUACCAUUUAAAUACCAAAAAUCCUAAACACUUAAAACGUUGUUGCUGCUGCUGUUUAGUUUUUCUUGCUGUUUGAUAAUGUUCAUUGACUUACCUUGAUAUGUUACAAUAAAUUAAUAAAGCAUUAAACAAUUCAAAUGUAAAUAAUAUUA